CCGGUCAUCCGCAUCUCUCGUCGGCUGUGCGCUGGCGUUAGUUCUCGUUUGAAGCGUAUUUUUGUUUGUGAACGCGUUUUGGGCUGCGAAGGAGCCCACAUACUUACGUAGGUUUCGUCGGUUUCGUUCGUAAAUGUUUCACUCGUACGUUGAAAUCGCAGCGACCGUAGGGAUAGGAACAGUGGUGCGGUUGCUUUGAGCCGGACCUGAUGAAUUUCGCUGCCAAUGCGAUUCAAUGCCAAGGAAAUCGCCGCCGUCGCAUCACAGCCGUCGUACAAAUUCGAAAAGGAGGGUGUGCUUUUCAUCAAGGAGCGACAGGAAGGACUCUUCAGGCGAAAUGAUGUCUUCACGGAACGGUGGUGCCGGUUAAGAGGCAACCUUUUCUUCUACUACAAGACGAAAGACCCGUGUUCUGAACCGGUUGGAGUGAUUGUUCUCGAGCGACAUUCUGUGAAGGAUGGCCCCAUUUCCGGAGGCCUCUAUUGUUUCACCAUUGCCUUUGAAGGGGAUGAGCUGGCUACACACAUGGCUGCCCAAGGCUCGUCGGAGCGCGAGGCAUGGACAAGCGUGCUACGAGACUCUAGCUACGAGCAUGUGCGCGAGGAAGUGCAAAUUCUCCGUGCUCGUCUCCUGUCACGUCAGCGCGAGUCCGAUCCUGGCCUGUACAGCUGGCCAUCUGGGAAGCGCUCGCAGGAUGUGGACACGUCUUCUAGCAAAAAAGACCCACUUCAAAAUGAGCCAUUCCUUGAACUUGGGCUUGCAUGUGACAACUUGCGCUGUGACGCUGAUGGCCAAGCCCCCAAUCCACUUGUUGUCGUUCUUACUGGAAGGCCUCGGCAUGGACUGUGGAGCAAGUUUUCUCAGACAGAAGUUGUUGAAAGGAGCAGCAACCCAUGUUUCCUGACCACUGUGGGAUUCCUAAAGAAGCAAGCAUGUGCAACCACUGAAGUAAAGCUGUGUGUUUAUGAUGUCAGGGAGCGAGUCACGUCCACUAAAACUCUGCUAGGUGAAGCCACAUUUGCUCUUGGCACACUAGUCCAGAUGCCUGGCUGCUUCCUCCGUCUUGCCCUCAUAUCACCGUCCUAUGAAAAUGUGGGUUUUGUGACUGUGACUGCUAGGGAACUUGAACCUGAGAUUAUGGUGACAAGCAAAAAGGAUGCACAGGACCUUUUUUGGCCUGCGGCUGAUCGCCGGCGCACAUACUCCUUGCCAGCGUGCAUUCCACGUCGCGCCUGCACACCGCUGCACGCCCAGCUCCGGAUUAUUUUUGAUGGCCUCAGCUCCAAGACAUAUCGUUUCCACACGGGCCUGGGAGCUGAACUUCGAGUGCAUGAAAUCAUGGCCGAGAGCAAGCUGUCCUUCUCCUUCCCACAGUUGCUCCUAAAUCUGUGGAUAAAUGAAGAAAAGCAGCUGAUGGACACUGUCACUCAUCUAAGAGAGCUGAGUCCGGAGUGGCAAGCCAAGCAGCUUUUAGCCAUAGAGAGGCACCUGAUGCGGAUCAACACGUAUUCAGAGGCCCUGGAAAACCUGGCCAAGCAGCGGGAGGCCUUCUUCAAACCGUCCGUAUCCAAAGGGCUGGUCUCGCUUGAGUUUGCCCCUGUCAACAUGCACCUGCAGAGGCUUUGGGUUCACAACACGACUAGCCACAAAAAAUGUGUUUAUGAUGUGGUCACAGUGGGGGCAUUCACUGCGUAUGCCCAAAAGUUCUCUCAUGGUGGCCUCCAUAGACUUCUCAAUCAGCUCAAGAACGCCUACCCCUUGCUGCAGCGGGAGGGCCAGCCGUCCAUACUGGGUCCUGACCGGCUAUCAACAGCGGCUCAGGCGGUGCUCAGCAUUGAACAUAUCAGGGAAGACAUUGAAGCAGACGUCCAGCAACUCAUGCAGCUGGCUGACCUCAAAGAUAUCACAGGCAUGGAGGCUGCAGCUACCAAGAUUAGCGACAAGGCCAAGCAAUUGACAACACUUUGCAACCCAGCAUUAGUUGAUGAAGCCCUGACUAUUUGGGAAGGAGCUCGUCUUAUCCAGCCAAGCAAUGACAUUUCCGGUGCUGGUAAGACCUCUCCAAAGCGUGCCCAACGGCCUCCACCAAUGGCACGACUCAAGUCAGCAUCCUUACCACGAGAGUUUCCUGCACCACCAUGCUCAUCUGGUUCCCCAUCUGACGAGUCCUCUGGUGAUGAGGCACCCAAUGAUGCAGUGUCGGUUAAUGGAAAUGUGUGUGGAGCUCAGGUUCGCCCCAUGCCUCAGCUGCAUAAGUCAGACUCUAUGUACUCAACUGAAGAGUCUCGUUUUUCUGGCCUUUCGGAAGAGUUUGAGCCUCUUGACCUGACUCACCUAAAUAUCCGUGCCAGCAUCAUGUGCAUGGUGGGGAGGGUGCAGCAUCUGGCGCACGCAGAUGAUGAUCAGCAUGCAGAUGAUGCAGAGCUGCUUGACCCCUUGACCCCGUGCAGCACACCAGGUGACUUGUCACCCUGGCAGGCCGAACUGGCGCCGAGUGUGCGGAAGCUGCGUCAAUCUAUGGCGUGCCUCCAGAAAGUGGCCCGAUUCGCUUAUGCAUUGCUCUCACUCAAGGAACCGCCACCAUCAGCAUCUCUGAGCUACACUGUUCGCCAGAGACGGGAUAUCUGCUUCUCUCAUGCGCUAACAUCUCUAGUGGCCGGCCUCAUGUCCAAACUAUGGUGCCAACAGGCAGAUCCUCUAUUUGUGCACUGCCUAACCACGUUUGGAGUGCUGGCCCAGUUCACCGGCCUCCUCAGUUGUCAUGGAGAUGAGCUAGCCAUGCUUGAAGACAUGAUUGUAGCCAUAGAUGACCUCCGACGUGUUGCUUUUUGGCUUGAACCAGCUACCAAUGUCUGCAGCCCGAAGCCACGCGUUGAAGGAAGCCGGGUCUUCCUGUCAGUGCUGAUCCCAACACCAGACACUGUGAUGGCCAAAGUGCCGCACAGGGGCCGCUUCCAGUUCAGUGUCGUCCCAGUAUUCUUCAACGUUGGCAUUAACGAGCAAGCUACACUGGCUGAAAACGCAAUGUCUCUUCAUUUUAGCUUGGCAAGAUGUGUCCCAUGUCAGGUUGGCGACCAGAGCUUUCAAGAACGCAUCAAUCUUGAUGGAGCAGCAUCGCUCAAGGAGUACCACAAGCAGUUUCAGAAAUUUCCCAUUCCGAAAAAUGAUACGCCGAGGGCUCGAAUGGCGGCUGUUGCUUGGGCCAUCACAGAAGAACGCAGAGCCCGCAGUAAGAAUUUGUGGGUGGGACGCAUACAGCCCCGGGAGGUGCCUCUGAUGGAUGUGAUAGAGCAACUGCAAACCCAUGUUCGCGCUCGUAAGAGCAAAGAUGUUGAGAUUCUUCAUCUUGCAAUGGAGGCAUGUCGUCGUAUGCGAGGCCUACGCUUCACGAGCUGCAAAAGUGCCAAGGACCGUACUGGCGUGUGCGUGACGUUGGAACAGGGGCAGAUUCUGCUGCAGGACUUUGGUCUCGAUUCUAAGGAAGUGCCCAGAGCAGUGGCCUGCAUGCGAAGUGAGGGCACGAGACGGCACAACACCUUCAAGAAUGUUGGCGUGCGCAAGUACGCCUUUAACAGCCUGCAGAUGAUGGCGCUGCCCAAACAAUACCGCCCACCACCAGGGACCUUUGGCAAUGUCCAGUCCUAGUGGCCCUUCUUCUCACUGACUGGACCGCAUCCUGCCAGCUUGCCAGCUCUAGAUUUCGGUGGCAUGGCAGUAUCGCAUGCCUAGAAGCACCCAAGCCCUCUCAUCUCUCCAAUUUUAUCAUCACUGAUUGUACACCAGCUGUAUGUGAUCCAUUACCGUUUUAGCACUCUUGCACAAAGUCACAAGAUGCAUGGUAAAGGGGUGAGAUGCCAUGAAGCAAACCCACUCUUUAUUGGGCACUGUACCUACUGAGGUGUUCAAUGUGCAGUCCGAACAGCGUGUUUGCCAUGCUAUGUUCAAGGAAGUUAUGCCGAAUUGAUGAACAACCCUUAUCAAUCCCAUGAUAAAGAUGUGGGAUGGGUAUUGAAAGCAUAAAGGCUCAUUCACACUGAUGACUUAAGGAAGUCGUGCAACCAUUUGUGACUGUCAACCAGAAAGUGACUCAAGGUGAUCAAUGCUCACUCUACCAAGUGCGGACGACCAGCUGCCAUCUUCUCACAAUUGCAUCGUCAAACAAAAUAAGUAUCAGCAUUUAGAGACGUACUGUUCCUGUGCAUCUGAUUGGCUCAAGGAUUCUGCGACUGUGGUCGCGUGACUGAAAAUACUGCAGUAAGCGACUGGCCGAAAAUGGUCACUUUUUUAAAGAAGUGACCAUUUGCAACUGGUCGCUUUGCAGUCAGCUUGGUUGCCCGACCACUGUCAGUCGCUGGUGUGAAUGAGCCUUAAGGAAUUAUUGGGGCUGGACUGUUAGCGUCGACGUUGCUGAUAGUGCUGUCGCCUCAAGUGUUUGGGUGUCGUGGUUCACUGGAAUGAGUGCGUUCAAUUCUGAGAGACCUGUAACAACAGUCAUGGUGCAAUAUUUGUGGUUGUUAACACUGCACGGUUACCUGCAUUGACUCGAAACCUGUGACUUGACUUUUAUGUUUUACUUUCUUUUAUUAUUAUUAUUAUUGUUAUUAUUAUAUAAUAUUAUUUUUAUUAUUACUAUUAUUCUGUGGUGAAGUGCUGUUUUUACAAGAGAUGGCUGAGGCACUUGUUGAAGGGAUAAUGAUGUGCAAAUAUUAUGUCAAGCUAAAGUGAUAAAUGCAUCGAGGUAUCCAGGGGUUGUAUUCUCGAGCUAUCACUUUCGGACCAUACGGUCAACUUUGUGAGGCAUGAGAACCUUCAGUGUGUAUGACAAGCAGCAUUUCUGGUGCCACGCCAAGCUCGCCAUCCUUGCGCAGUGUGAGAACUUGGCCCAGCACCAGAAAUAGCACCAUUUGUGGUGCACCCAAUGUUGUUACUGAGUAAUGUGAAAUCACGGGAAAGGUGAUCAUGUCCCCGAUAGUGACUGCUCUGGAAUACCACCCCAGAAUAUCACGUUCACCGAAAACAGACUUGAAAGCAAGAAGAUUGACGUAAACACUGGACAGAAUUGUUGCCGCCGUUGGGAAAAUAUUGUGUACCAGCGUCUACUACGUAACACACCCCUUUGUAAUUGGCAAAAUUUUUUUAACCACAGAAAAUUUUUAAAAACUUUGUUACAAUGCAUUUUGACAGCAAAGGGGUGCACUUUGGCCAAUUUUAUCAGAUUUCCUACAGAACAACUCACUGGUGUUGCUGCUAUACUUUUCAGCACUCUGUUGGCACCUUUUACAAAAGUGUGGCGCCCUCUAUGUGCAGGUGUCAUACCCGAAACGGGCAUCAGUGCCUGGCAGCAUAUAGUUCCAUACUAAAAGUACUAGAGGUAAAUCUGGCUCGAGUGUCAAUGCGUACCAUUAGUACACUGUUUCAUUCAGCUUGGGAAUGAUGGGUAGUAUAUGGGUUUACUGAAAAUAACGUAAGUUUGGGCAUGUUGGAAUUUAAUUUAGCCUUUUAGCACACAAGAAAUACGGGGAUAGCAUAGAAGUCGUAGACAAAACGCUUUGACAGAGUGCUUUGUCUAUGUCUUUUAUACUACCGCUGUGUUUUUUAAGUGCUAGAAGACUAAACUGGUUUAUUCAACUUCAUUAUAUUGGUUCAUUGCUUUAACUUAAUGUUAACAUCUCAAAUCCACUGUAUGGCAAUAAUCAGCCUGAUUUACCCUCUUAAUUUUUACCAUCACGUUGCUUUCAAAAUGUUGUAACAUAGCUAGAAUGUCCACCCAUGAUGAGUUGCACUGUCCGAAAACCAUGCAAAUUACUUGACACACAUACUCAGAUGUGUUGAGACUUAUUUAUGAAGACUUAUUCAAUAAAGGAACUUGUCAAGCUUAAUAUUCGGCUUCUCCAAAGCAGUGUUGAGCGACUGUCAUGGAACAUGACAUAGUUGAACCACAGAAAGCAAUAAGAAGAGCUGCAAUUUGCUUUCUUGAUGAUUCCACGCCAAGCUGUGGAAAAAUCUAUGCACUGGCUAUCACAGCCAUGGCAGUUAAGUGACUGCAGUGCCAGGUUUCCCUCUAGUAAAUUUAGCGGGAAAAUGUAUGCCUGGUGGAGCAUGACCUUUGAGAUUGCAGGCACAGCUACCUAAGAGACUCUAUUUCUAGCCAAGAUAUAGAAUUCCAAAAGAAUUUUCUGGCGCCUUCAGUGCAAAUUUUCUUUCUACUACGUUGUCUCUUGUUGUAAAGUAAACAUAGUGGGUUUUCUAGAAGGUUAGUGUGUCAGUCUAGAUUGAUUCAAAGUUUGCCUUUGGUGUCCCUUUAAGAAGGAUGAUUUUAUAUGUCUCGAAAGAGCAGUUUCUUUGGAAGAACUGUGUGUGUGGCAGCAGAGUGGGAAAAUUGAUGAUGUGUGCAAGCACAGAGACCUGAGGAGGGCAAUGUAUUGUAUUCAUACCUUGGCGAUGAGAGAUUUUGUAAAGCUGUAGUUAUUUAGGACAAGUGUUUCUCUCAUGUAGUACCAGAACUGUCUGGAUUUCCUUUUUUAGAUGAAAAGGUGUGGUGUGCCUGCAGGAGAUUUCUUACCCUGCACUUUUGCAAUCUCCAAGUGUGAUGUUUGCAAGGUUUUGGAGGCUAUUACUGUGAAACUUAAGACUUUAGGUUAACUUACAAUUGAAGUUAGAGAUAUUUAUGGAAUAAAACAAGCCUUCAUAUGUUCUUGAUCUGCUGCAGGUAUAAUGCCACAGUGCUUUCACAAUGUGUGAGUUUAAAUAUUGGCAGUUUUUAUAUUUUAUGUAGGGGUAUUGUGUUUUAAUUUUCGAGAAAUACACUUUUCUUUUAGAAACUUGCUAUGGUACUGAUAUAGUGCCCAUGUGUGUCCAUAUCCUCGUGUAUUAUUGUUAUUUUUAAUUUCUCUUCUAUAAGAACCAAAGCUCAAUCUAAUAUAUGCCCUCCAGUUUGUUAUGCUUGAUACUUGAAAGAUAUAGAAAAUGGUGCCAAUAAUGUUGCACGUGCUUUUUAUGAAGAUAUUGCAAGUGUAACUGCACAUCACCGUUGCCAUAAUGAUGCAUAGCUGUUAUGGCAUCGUAAAUCCUUAUGUUUUUGUAUUAUACGUAUAUAUAGUUGUAUAUCUUCAAUGAGAGCAAGCAGUUGCUUGGUUUUCUUAACACACACUACUUUUCUUGAGCAUUCUAAUAUACUAGUCCCUUUCAGUGUGAGCACUGUGAUUGUAAAUGUGUGGUUUCACCAUUUUUGUUGCACAUAUUAUAAAGUUUAUAUAAGAAAAGGGCCGGUUUUCUUCAAGCCGGUUUUGCUUUUGUUGCAACUACAGUGGACUCCAUUAAGACAAUAAUGGAGGACUUUGGAAAUCUGUUUUUAGUUUGCGCACUUUUCAGAUUCACACAAAUGCUCUUAAUCUGUGUAACUAAACCAAAGUUCUUAAUGUGUUCAGCUUAUCUGUUAGUUAAUGCUGAUGGAGUUUACCUCGAACACUGUCUGUCGUAUUCUGUGGGCACAUCUUAGCCUCAAACUUAACUCUGUACAUAUGGGUCAAGUUGCUACCAUUAGCAACUAUACUUUGUCUCAGUAGUUCUCUUCAGCUCUGUGAAAGCUACGGGUAACCUCAGCCAAUAAGAAACAUGAAUAUAUAAUGAAAUACCUGCUGGAGUGCAUUUAUUCUUUCUUGUCGUCUGCUUAUCACCUUUGCAGUGUCAUCUUAUGAAGUCCCUUCCCAUGCAAACACACACACAUACAUGCACACACAUUUAAAGAAAGAUUAUGGGAUUUUACGUGCGAGAACCACAAUCUGAUUAUGAGGGACGCCAUAGUGAGGGACUUUGAAUAUUUUGACCACCUGGGGUUCUUUUAACGUGCACCUAAAUCUAAGCACACAGGUGUUUUUGCAUUUCGCCCCCACUGAAAUUCGGCCGCCGUGGCCGACACACAGACACAUGAAAUACAAAGCAAUGAUUAUAUUCCUAAUUGUGUUACAAUGUUAUAAAUGAGAAGGCUGCACCACUGACAGGAGUAAACACGUCACGCAAACAUGAUGUACUAGUGAUGCAAUUGAUGGGGACCACGUGGCCAUGUUCCUUGAUGGUAUCAGCAUUUCGGCACACUGAGUUCCCGAAAUAAAUAAUAUACUGGGGCUAGGGCUUAUAAUAGUGAUUCUUCAUGAUUUUUAGAAAACAUAUAGCAAAACAUAUUAGAAGAGUACCACAAUCAGUGGUUUGGUGGUGGUACUAAGUUCCGAUGCAGCAGAACACACCUACUCUGCCACAUUACACCUCACAUCUUUGUCAGAGCUGGAAGGGACUGCUGCGACAGAGUAACAUGUGGCUUUUUGUUUAGUGCUAUGUUGUUUCUUUUGCCCCCCAUUCCCUCACUCGCAAAAGGCGCACACUUAUUUUCUAAUGCUCACUGCAGCUGUGUCUGUUGUGCACAGCUUUCACUCUUGCCAUAAUACUAGCCAGUCUCUGUAAGUGUUGUUGGGGACGCUUGUUCUGUUACAUCUUGUCAUUUUGUUUUUAUACCUUCGAAAAUGACUUGCGCACUUUGUUGUGUGAGAACACCAGAGCUAUGUGUACGAACACUGUGCUGGAGUAAACAAUUCUUUAUUCA